AGAGAGAGAGAGAGAAGGAGAGAGGGGUGGGGAGUUUCCAGGAUUGUUUACGGUUAGUUUUAAAAACUGCCAUCCGGAGGAAAACUUUCAGUACCUCUGGAAAGCGAGAUGGGCCGAACUCUGCCUCUGCUGCUGUUGGCCGUGCUGAACUCUCUGAGCUGCCACAGUGAGGUGAGGGCCAGGGACCCUGAUGUGGAAGAAGAAGAGACUGCGGGGACUGGAGGAAGGGCACAGCAAAUUCCUGCCACCUUUAGGACAGCUCACCUACCCUUACCACAUGAACAUCACGACAUCCCGAAGCCUUCAGAGGGCAAACCUCAAAACUCAGCAUCCCCCUCAAGAGAGACUGAACAUCCAUCUGCACAGAGAGGAAACUGGUGUGCGUAUGUAAAUCACCGUAUGGGCACCACAGAGACUCAGACUGUGAAAUCUGUGAACCCCUGCUCUGAUGGAGCUCCUGACUGUCAAAUCAUCACGUAUAGGCAGUCCUCACGACCUGUAUACAAGCAGAAGCAGAUAGCACUCUCCUCUAUACACUGGAUGUGUUGCCCAGGUUAUGGAGGACACAACUGCUUGGAAAAAGACAGAGCUCCAGAGAAUGAGACGCUUGCUUUAAAGUCUGAUAUUAAUGGCAAUGGCAGCUCAGGAGGUAAGGUGGGGACUGACCAGUUGGAAGAUACAAAAUGGGUUGACAAACCCGUACAGGAGGCUCCUAUUCAUGGUUAUUCACCAAACCGGAGUACCGCUGGUGCUACAGAAGGGAUCCCUACCUCUCAGCCUUUGCCAUUCCUUGAUUCAUCCAUUCUGCUGUCGAUGCAUCAGUUAAUGUCAACUAUGAUGAGUCAGCUUCAACCAGUGCUGGAGAGCUUCAAUCAAACACUGACACAUCUGUCCAGUGAGGUGGAAGCAUUGACUCAGGAUUUGCAGCAGUUGCGGAUGGAACAGGAAGAACAUAGGACCAUGACCAGAGGCGAAGAUCAUAGCGGACCUAUCGAGCAAAGACUAGAGUACAGCCAUCUACAGAUCAGUCAAAUGAAAACCCAAUUGGAUGCACAGAAAGAACAGUUUGAGAGGGCCUUUCAGGUUCAGCAAGAACUGCUGAAACACAACCUAACAAAACUGAAGGAAGAAAUGGAUGACCAGAUCAGUCACAGUCAGAAUGCACAGGUGGAUCUCCAGUCUCUUACUGAACUGGUUGAGGAGGUGAGACUUGGCCAGAAGAAGCUGGAAGGGGCACUGCAGAGAGAACGAGCCGAGUUCGUCAAUCCGAGUGGAGGCCAGCCAACACAGGAGUCAGGAAUGUGGGAGGCCAUCACUCGACUAGAAGAGAAGGCACAAAGUAACUAUGCCAAGCUCAGCAGCUUGUCUGAGACUUCGAAGGAAUCUGAUGAAGCGGUCCGGGCACUGCAAAGAGACCAGCUGGACCUUGAACAGAGCCUAGAGGAGCUCAAACAACGAACUGAGGUCCACUUUACAGAGACUGGUCUGGAGGUGGAGGCUACUCGUGUCAGGGUGCUCAACAGCAUUGGUGAGCUUACAGCUAACCUAAGCGCACACGAGGGUCAGUUGAGAGAAAUUGAGCUCGACCUGGAUAACAUCUAUCAACAACUGCAAAAAAAUGAUUCCGAGGUUGCAGAGCAGGCCUGUAGCUGCAAGUCGAUUGGCAGUGCACUAGCUAGGUUGGAGCUGGAGGUGGUUAAUGUGACACAGUUAGCCAAACUGAACCAGCUUGCACUUGAAGAGACAGAUCUAGAAAGGAAUCAGAUCACGGAGAUGGAGGAUCUUCAUCAUGGCCUGCUGAGCAUAAAGGAGUCAUUGGCCUUUGAGCAGGGCAGAAGCAGGAGUCUUCACGACAGCAUGUCCCAGCUACAGGCUUCACUCCUGGACAGCCAGCAGGAGAUCCAAGACCUGAGGCAGCGGGACAAGGACAAGGCGAAUGAAAUUCAAGGCCUAUCAGCCACCUUCUCUUCCCUCCUGAACGAUGCCAUACGCCACUCUGAAGUCCUGGAAGUGCUACUCGGAGAAGAGGUCCUGGAAUUCACACACUGGUCACAUAACCAAAAGAAAGAGCUCAGUAUCCCAGAUCUUUUACUGAAAAUGGAUGUGAUGCAGCAAAAGAUUAAGACACAUGAUACUAUUCUGGCUUCCCUUUCGAGAAAGCAACCCGAUGGGGAUGAGAUGAAUAGCGAUGACCCAGUGGCAUACUUAGAGGGGACUGGGACAAAUAACCAGGUGAGGGGGCCUGAAAGUUACCAGCCCUCUUUACCAGACACGUCAGCUGGAGAGGAGGAUGUGGAUUAUUCAGUAAGUGACUUCUGGAGUCUGGGAAAAGAGGUGGAGCAAUUAGCAGGUAGAAUAGCCAUGCUGGAAGAACGCUGUGGAAACUGCAAUGCACCACCUGGUGGUUCUGUUGUAGAACUGCAGGCAGAUAUAGCAUCCCUACGUCAGAACCUAGAGGAUCAUUUGAGAAUGUUUCAAAAACUGUUCAGUAAUACAGAAGAACUGAUCAGCUCAGCUAGAAACCUGAAUCUAGAUGAAGUCUGGAGACUGGUGAGAAAAAAAGAAGGAAAGAGAAGAAGGGGGAGUUCGAAGCAAGAAGACCAGAUGAAAAAAGAAAAGUCUUCCAGUGAACGAAGCAAAAGACACAAUGAAAGAGAACAUGCUUGGUUACCACAUACCCCCGUGGUGUUCAUCACAACCCUGGACUACAGAAGAGGACCUAAUGGAGAGCUCACAUCAAAAAAUGUAUCUGUAAACUAUGGUGGUACUUUUAAUCCUACAUCAGGGGUGUUCCAGGCCCCAGAGACUGGAUUCUAUCUUUUUUUAGUCAACUUAGACUUUGAGAGAGGCUUUUCAUUGGCUGUAUUAAAGCGCAGUGGAGUUCCAGUGGCCUCUCUCAGACAGGAACAAGGGAAGAAAAUGGGACCAGUGAGCCGAGCUGAGCUGCUGGAGCUUCGGCAAGGGGAGACAGUUACAUUAGAAUUGAUGCAUGGAUCGUUACGGAAAGUGAAGCCCGGGGACAACACACUGUCUGGAAUAUUGCUCUUCAUUACAGAGCGCAAGGACAUGCUGUGAAGAGAACUGGGUAAAUGACAAAAGCAUGGGAGGAUACGUCUGAGUCUGACGCACUGUGCGUCACUGCCAGACUUGCUGUAUUUUGUAUGCAUACAGCCUCUUCUUGAAGGUGCAAGAAGAACUUGUUGAAAUAUUAUGUAUUGUAACUGAUUCUGGAAUAAUACUGAGAAACAUCGCAAGUUAUAGAAAUAAGGGGGAGCCAGUUAUAUAACUAAAUUACUUAGAUACCACCAGCCCUUCUGUUGACCUUUAAAAUUUGGAGGAUCUAAUAAUAAAGCAAGGAAUACACGGAAACAAGUUCCUGUGGCAAUAUGAAAAGGUACCAAUAGUCAGGGGAACUCUAUAGAUUAAAAAAAUGGACAUCCAGCAAUUCCUGCAUUCAGUUUGAUCACAUUCAACGCAUAUGUCAAUCAAGAAGAAAAAAAAACAUAAUGAUUGUGUACUAAAAUAAGGUAAUUUACUUAAAAACGUAUACAUUGGACUAAUUCUGUGUACAGAACAGCUUUUCUUGGUAAACAUAAGGCACCUCUCUUAAAACCAGGUGAUGUGCACAAUUAAUUCAAAGUUCAUAUUAUUCAGUUUUUCGCUUCCUUACAUAUUAAACAAUUAAAA